AUGUCUCUCUUUUUUUGUAAACUUCUUGAUCCACAGAGUGAAGGUGAAAUAAGCUCAUAUCUUGUAUCUCAAAUUAUAUUUUGUGCUCGUGGUCCGUCCAGUACUCCAUUAUCAUGUUGUUGGGCAUUUACUACAUCACGUCCAUCAAUGUUAUUAAAUCAACAAAAUGAUAAAACUCCUAGUGGAAAAUUACAAUAUGAAGUUCUUUAUCAAUGUCAAGUUUUUCGAUGUGAAAAUCAAGAUGCUAUCUAUCGAAUUCUAUUAAGUUUUGCUAAUGCAUUUCGACGAACAGCAAAUAAUCAAUCAGUAAAUUCACGUCGAACAACAUCAAUAAUCAGUAACGCAAUUCAGGCAACGGUUGCUCAAUUACAACAACAAACCGCAUCGAAUUCAAAUCAAUUACCAUCGAAUCUACAAAUAUUUGAUGGUACAAUUAAAUUUCGAUGUUUUCUUGAUAUAAAAGAAGAAAAUACAGAUUCUAAAGGAAAUGUUACUCUAAUUUCUGCACCAAGACCAGAAAAAAAUGUAUUUAAUCUUCGAAAAAAUAUUCGAAAAAAUGUGAGUGUUACUCUUCAACAAAUUCGAGGUACACCAUUGAAUAUUGAAAGAUGUUUUGGUUUACUACUUGCUCAAGGUCGUAAUGUUCGUGCAAGUGAUAUGCAAUUACUUGAUUUGGAAACAAUGGGAAAAUCAGAUGAUAAUCGUAGUUAUGGUGUUAGAGGAUAUUGGAAUCCAUUAGCACGUGCUUUUAAAGAUUUAAUACAUUUAAACGAGGAAACAUCAAAAGGUGCUCGUGUAUUUUUAACAAUAGCAUUAGAUGUCGUUAUAAGUGGUAUUUCGGAACCAGUUCGAUUUGUAAUCGAAGCUAAAGCUCGUAUUACUGAAAUAAAUAAAUCAAAUGAUACAAAUUCUCAAGAUAUUAGUGAUACAAUAUGGUCAUCAUUUAAGAAAGUAACACCAUUUACGGAAGAAUUUGAUAUGAUUGUCAAACAGGUGUCAUCGAAAAGUUCUCAUCAAGAUCAAGUCUAUGAAGUCGUACAAUUAGAAAGUAAAACUGAAGCUGAAAGACGAGCAAAAUUUGAACGAUUAUCAUCAAGAAUAACAAAUAAUACAGGUGAAGAUGAUAAUGAUGAUAUAAUCAUAAGUGGUUUUGGUCAUGUGAGUAAAGAAUGUGAUGCAGACGUUCUUAACAAUUGGAAUGAAAUAUUAAUAAAAUGGAGAAAAAAUUAUAAUGAACGACCAAAUGGUUUACAAAUACUUGUACAAAAAGGUAUUCCCGAAGCUUUACGUUGUGAAGUUUGGCAAUUAUUAGCUGGAAGUGUUAAAGAUGAAAAAGAAAUGAUUGAUACUUAUCGAUAUUUAUUAACAAAAGAAUCAUCAAGUGAAAGAAUUAUUAUCAAUGAUCUUAAUCGAACAUUUCCAGCUCACGAAUAUUUUAAAGAACAAGGAGGAAUUGGUCAAGAAGCUUUAUAUAAAUUAAGUCGAGCUUAUUCAGUACGAGAUGAAGAAGUUGGUUAUUGUCAAGGUGUAUCAUUUGUUAUCGCUACUAUACUGAUUCAUAUGCCUGAAGAACAAGCGUUUAUGUUAUUAUGUAAAUUAAUGGAAGAUGAACGUUAUUUAUUACGAUUAAUGUAUAAAGCGAAUUUUGAAAAUCUUCAAAUGAAAUUUUAUCAAUUAAAUUGUUUAAUUGAAGAAAAUUUACCGGAUAUUUAUGCACAUUUUUAUGAUCUGAAAGUUGAAUGUCAUAUGUUUGCUUCACAAUGGUUUUUAACAUUAUUUACAGCUAAAUUUCCACUUUAUGUUGUCUUUCGUAUUAUGGAUAUAUUUUUAUAUGAAGGUUUUAAUGCAAUUUUUGCUGUUGCUUUAUCUUUAUUAAAGUGCAAUCAAAAGGAUCUAUUAUCACUUGAUUUUGAAGGUGUAAUGAGAUUUUUUCGUGUUAAUUUACCGAAAAAAUAUCUUUGUGAAGAUCAUGCUGAUGAACUUAUUCAAGCGGCAUGUUCAAUGAAGUUGAAUAUAAAAAAAUUGAAACGAUAUGAAAAAGAAUAUUUAACUCGUCGUGCUGAAGAAGAACAAAAACAAACUCCUUUACAACGUCUUGAGGUUGAUAACAAACGUUUAACUGAAAAUUGUAUGCGUUCGGAAUUUGAAAAUGAAAUGCUUGCACUUGAAUUGGUUAAUGAUCGGAUUAAACUUAAAGAACGUCUUCAUCAAGCAGAUGAUCAUAUUGAAACUUUAACUCGAGAAUUAGAAGCAACAAAACUUAUUGUUCGACAAAGUGAAGAACUUGCAAUUAGAUUAAACGAACAAUUACAACAUACUCGAGAAGCAUUUCGAGAUACAUGUGAUGAUCUUCAACAAGCACAAAAGUCGGUUCAUGAUUAUAAACAAAUUUGCUCACAAUUAAAUAAUCAAUUAGAUAAACAUAAAGAAAAAUAUAUUCAAAAAAUGGAAUUUAUUCAUACUAAAUGUUGUGAAUCAUGUAAAUCUUUAAUUUAUUCACCUCCACCUAGUAAUGUUUCAACACCUGAACGAGAAACAUCAAAUAAUAAUCUAAAUGAAGAUGAUUUACCUUCAGUCAUUCCAUCUGAUGUUGCAAAUCGUUUACAUCGUGUUGAAAUUGAAUUAGCAGAAAAGAAAUUAGCAUUAACACAAGCAUUAUGUGAUAAUCAAGAAUUAACACGUAAACUUCAACGAACAACAUCAAUGAUGAGCGAUUCAGAUACAAUAUCUAUAAGUAGUAUUCGUUCAAAUAAUCAAAAUUCAUCUGGUAGUUGGUUAUCAAAAACAGUUAAUUCCAUAAAAGAAGCGACGAAUUCAUCGAAUAGAACAAAAGUUAAUUAA